AUGGCUACCCCCGUAGAUAGCAAGCCCAGAGUCGAGAAGUCCGUCGCCCACCAGGUGGAUCACGACGUUGAGCAGACACUCAAGGGAGAAGAAGCUGCCCGCGAGGCGAUGGAGCGAGGUCAGGGCAAAUCCGGCCUGGAGCAUCUGACUCCUUUCGAGACCAUCAAGACAUUCAAGUUCGCCACUGCCGUGGGUGUUAUCGCUAGUUUCUGCGCUGCUACCGAAGGAUACCAAGCUGUCAUGAACGGAAGCAUCAUUGCCAACGCCGGCUUCGUGCACCAAUUCGCCACCAAGAUCAAUGCGGAGGGGGAGCAGUACCUUGAGUCGCCUAUUAUCACCGGCUGGAGCAUGGUCAUGACAAUCGGCCAGAUGAUCGGAUUAGCGGGUGCUCCAUUCAUCUCCGGAAACUAUGGCCGUAAGUGGGCCAUGUACACCACCAUGAUCUUUCUUCUUGCCAGUGUCCUCGCCGAAUCCCUGGCUCGUAAUUGGGGGGUCUGGCUAGUUGGCAAGAUGUUGGCAGGCUUUGGCGUAGGAGGAAUCCAGGCAAUCUUCCAACCAUACCUGCCCGAGAUUGCCCCGGUACGCAUUCGCGGUGCCAUCACAAUGCUGUACCAGUUCUGGUGGGCGUUAGGUUCCUUCAUGGGGCAGAUCGCCCUACGUGAGAUCAACGAGCGUACCCCAUAUAAGUAUCUGACAGCGAUUUACACCCAAUGGGGCCAUGUCGGUUUCAUGUUUAUUAUCUUCCUUGUGUUGCCCGAGACUCCCUCAUGGUAUGCCUCCAAGGGCCGAGAGGCAGACGCAAAAAAGACCCUUAAAUGGCUGUAUGGCAGAGCCGAGAUCUAUGAUGUUGACCACCAAUACAACCUGCUGAUGAUGCUCCUCGAACACGAGCGAGCCCUGGCAAUCGAGCAAAACCGCGAACACUGGUACGCCAUCUUCCAGGGAAUCAACGGCCGCCGGACGUUGAUUGCCGGCUGGUGUCCGCUCGCAAUGCAGUUGAUCGGCAUGAAGGUUUUUCUCACCUUCGGUACCUACUUCUUUCAACAGGCUGGAAUUUCACAGCCUUUUACGGUCAAAUGCAUCACCAGCUCCAUUCAGAUCGCAGGAGUCAUCUUCAAUAUUCUCACCAUCGAGAAAGUCGGUCGUCGCCCGCUUGCUUGUAUUGCCUGCACAGUGUGCUGGAUCUGUUGUAUUGUGGUCGGCAUCCUAGGUGUAACCCCCGAAACCAACGCGACGACCUACGUCUUUGUCCUCUUCGCAUGCAUCUGGAACUUCUGCCUAAUAUCCCUUGGUGCCGCGGCGGCCGGCACCGUCGGCGAGAUCUCCAAUGAACGCCUUCGCCCUUACACCGCGGGCUUUGCCCAGCUCAUGUCAUGCCUUUGCGGAAUCAUUAUGGACGUCCUCGUUCCGUACAUGACCAACGACAACAAGUGGGGGUGGGGCUACAAGACCGGCUGGUUCUAUGCUGGAACGGGGGCGAUCGCGACUGCUGGUGCUUGGUACCUCAUUCCGGAGACCAAGGCCCGGACUGCCGCCGAGUUAGACGAGCUCUUCGAUAGGAAGAUCCCAGCCUGGAACUUUGGCAAGACCGAGACUGCCACGCAACAACUGAUCAGGUCGAAAGACGUCGUGGAGAAGUAA